GGCUGGCUGAAGCUCGAUUCAUUCGCGUCUUUGUUCACCAGCAGAUCAGACGCUUGCUCGCCGGGCGCUGGUUUAAUCCAUCAUGGCACCCCAGAAACGUUGUGCACAAGAAGCCGACUCUCUCCUAGGAGGGGUUAAAGCAGUUAUUGUGGAUAUUGAGGGGACAACAACUCCAAUUUCAUUUGUGAAGGACACAUUAUUCCCCUAUAUCACAGACAAUCUGGACACUUACCUCAAGAAACAUUAUGACGACACAGAGACACAGAAAGACAUUACAGCAUUACGAACCCUGGCUGCCAAAGACAAAUCCGACUCUGUGGAUGGUGUAGUUGAGAUUCCUGAUGGCAGCUCAGACAAGGAAGAUAUCCUGAAGGCAGUUUCGGAGAAUGUGAGGUGGCAGAUGAGCAAGGACAGAAAGUCCACAGAGCUGAAACAGCUCCAGGGUCACAUGUGGCAGGAGGGCUACCAGAGCGGCGCCUUCAAGGGAGAGGUGUUUGAUGAUGUGCCAGCAGUUAUACAGCAGCUGUCGGAGGAGGGCAUCAAGCUAUAUGUCUACUCGUCUGGCAGUGUGGAGGCACAGAAGCUACUGUUUGCCAACACAUCAGAGGGAGAUUUAGUAGAAUUGUUCACAGAUUUCUUCGACACAACAAUAGGCAGCAAAACAGCGAGCAGCAGCUACAAGACGUUAGUGACGAAAGUUGGGUGUGAAAAUGAUGAAAUUCUCUUCCUCACAGAUACCCCAGAGGAGGCCAAGGCAGCAAAUCAGGCAGGAAUGAGAAGCACUCUGGUCAUCCGGCCUGGCAAUCAGGAUCUCACAGAGGAACACCUACAGAACUUCAGUUGUAUUGAAAAGUUUGAUGAAUUGUAUGGUGAUGAAGAUUAUGAUGAAGAAGACCUAAAGAGGUUUGAGGGGGAUGACAACGGGGAGGCUGAGGACGACGAGGAGGACCCUGAUGAAGAUGAAGAUGAUGACGAGGUGGAAGAGGAAAACCCAGAGGAAGAAGAUGAUGCAUAAAUAAUGCUGCCAUCCCCACAAACCAUCUCACAGCCUCUGUCAUAUCAUCCCUACUCUACGUGUUCAUAUUGUCAUACUAGGUGCUUUUUUAGACUGAUUUCUCAUUGGAUUUCAUUUUACAUAUAUAUUUACAUAUAAAUAGUUUUCAUCUGGGCGGAGCCUGGAGACCAUUACCAGUGUUUCGGACUGCUGUUGUCUUGAUAUUACUACCAUAUUUAUGUGUAUGAUGCCCAGGAAUACCACUGCUGUACAGAACAUGCGGGUAGAAGUCUGAGAAGCAGACGAUUGGGCAGGCUGCAAGCGGCAGUCGGGAACCACAUUUUCUUGAGGAAUAAAAGUAGUUUCCUAAACA